AAAAAAAAAGCCGUAAAAAACCCUAGCUUUUAUGUUUCCAGGCUUGACGUAGCACUUCGAAGCAGCAGCCGGAAGAAGGAGAGCAGCGAAUUCAGAGGAACUAACCUAAUUCCGCCAUGGGGAAAGUUCACGGUUCUUUGGCUCGUGCCGGAAAGGUGAGGGGGCAAACCCCCAAGGUGGCGAAGCAGGACAAGAAGAAGAAGCCACGUGGACGCGCCCACAAGCGCAUGCAGUACAACCGCCGAUUCGUCACCGCCGUUGUCGGGUUCGGGAAGAAGAGGGGGCCCAACUCUUCUGAGAAGUAGAGAGAUAACAGGAAGAAGCUGAAGUGAAGAAUGCUUUGAUGAACAUCUCUAGUUUCAGACAGCUUCCGUACAUCUUUCGUUCGUGGCUUGUUCGCUUUUGCUCUGUGUUGACAGCUUUAUGAAUUAUGAAAUUCAGUUUUUGAUC